CUUUCUUCUUUUUGAAAAUUUUCAAGAUUACGACUGAUCGAGUGUUUAUCCGAUAAGAAAACAAUGAAUUUUUCAGUUGUCAACGAUUCGAUGAGAUGAUCGGUUGAUUAAACGUUGUCGAGCCUCUUUGAGUGAAAAACACACGUCUAGCCACCACAAAAGUUCCAGCAAAUUCUCGCAGUCCCAGCACUCUCACACCUCGUAGUAUCCGGAUGUCGGUAGAAGAGGAUAUUGGUAAAAAAGAAAAGUGUCGCAGAAGCCCUCCGAAGUGACCUGACCCGCCUCGAAGAAGAGGAAUUCAUCCAGUUUCUUCGUUUAUCGUGUGUCGAGACUCGAUGGAAUCACGCAGUUUUCAUCGUCGUCCUCGUUUUAUCAUCCUAGAUGAUCAAGAGGAGUUCUUCUCGACUAUAUAUAUAUAUAUAAAUCACGACGAGGGAAAGUUCUUGCGAUUUUGCUCGAAGAUCAACCGAGGAAGAUUCAAAGCUUGCUGGCGCCUUUUACGUUGGCCAAAGUUUUAACGUAAUUCAAACAGCGAUUAUAAUGCUUUCGAGUAGAACGCGAGUACGGAAAAAAGAGAAAUAAUGGUUGAUAUAGAAUAGGAUAAACUUGGCUGAUUUUUAAUCAACUUCCCGUAUGUUAUAAAAUUCAAUGUCUCGAGUAAUUUGAUUAUACACAUAAUUUUUAUUUUGAUAGUUAUACGACUUUGAUAGUCGAGUAAUUACUUUUUAAUAUAAUGCCUGAAAUGCUUCCAAUUUCUGGGGAUAACGGUAUAUUAAAAAGUUCGAUAGGAAUUUUAGUUUUUAUUUAUUAAUGUAAGAGUAAACAUCAAAGUUACGGAGAUCCUAACGAAAAAAUACUUGGAACAUUGAUAUUUAUAAUUUACAUUAAGCUAUUGAUAUCAUCAAACUUUAUUCUGUUCUAUAUAAUUACCAAAUAAUGUUCUUACUCAGGUCAAAUUAGGUACACGAUUAGUUAAGGAGAAAGCAAACUUCACUUCGUCCCGGGUCAUUGGAUUACGUGACUGAUUUUCACUAAACCUUGUGCAUCCACUAUACAUUGUUCUUUAUUGUAUCUGUACGUUUUAUAAGAUAUCAGACGAAUUCUUUUCUCUCAACGAGAUGCGAAUACUUGAAAGAAUACGUCUCGUAUCAAGGUGGCCCUUAGGAUCUUUCAAAGUUCUGAUAUUCUCUCCAAGUUGUCUCUGAUUUAUACCGUCAUUUUUAUAGUAUAAUAUUUAGUUGAAAGUACACGCAUGUUAUUUUUUAAUUUCAUCCCUAGGGCUACCAGAUCUUUAUCUUUCUAUUUCUUAUCCCGUUCAACUGCCACGUUUUCUUUUCUAUAGAGAAAGCGCAAGACUAUACGCCGUUAAUUUAAUAUUAAAUUGAUCGUCGAUCGAUUCGUUAGACAGGGACGUUCUUUAAAUAGAUCGAAGGAUCAACGAGUCGAACAUUAGAAUAUAGUAAUAUCUGUGUACGUUUAUAUCUAGGCAAGUUUUUCUUUACACGUUCAGUGGAUUAGAAGCACAAAUGCUCUGUGUACGACGUUCUUUAUCGAUGAAUCGAAAGAGCUCAAUCAUUGUACGCGUAUUUUCUUUUUGCUUUUUUUUUUUUUUUUUUUAUCCAUCAUUUUUAACCGAUCGAUUUUCGUGCUUUCUUUUUACAUAUCAUCAUGCAUUUAACAAGCUUUCGUUCCCUUUUAUCGUAAACGUGUCGAAUUAUGGAUUCAAAAAUUGAUGAAUCCACUCGUUUCAAUCAAUGUAUAUAUAAAGAUUCAUAAUUGUUAAUCGUAUAGAUAUCAUUUCGGCUGUUCCCUAGCUAGUUUUCAUUCGUCUCGAACAGUUUUCUACGGAUCCGCGUGUCCCUUACCAACGAAUCGUUUGUGCGAGUAAAUGCACACUGAAAGAAAAACUUGGUCCAUUGUCCAAUGAUAUUUAUUCGUGCCGUUUUUGUUAUGUAAAUAGCCGAAGACCGCAUAAUAUAGUACGUAAUUGAAACUAUAUUAUCCGCCACUUUAGCAUUAAAGGACUAUAGGUAAAUAAUUAAUAAUAUUAUCGUCAGACUGUAAAUAAAAUUAUUUUGUAUGCCAAAAUAAACCAAAUGAAUGACUCGACACACAACGGUUACACGAUCGCGUUACGCCACACGUUACGAUUAAUCUAUAUAGAAACAAAACAAGACAGACAAAAUGGUAACAAAAUUAAAAAAACGAAAAAAAAAAAACAAAAAACACAAUGGUACAAGUUGUUGCAGUACGACGCGCAAUGAAACGAUGAGACUACUACGUUAUUAUAUUAAUAUUGUCUUCUUCACUCGUUCAAAGUACCAUGAAUCUUGCGCAUAUAUUUAGCGACACAUACACAUACACACACAAGUUUAAAUACUCGAUUCUAUCCUCCGCAUAGUAGGUAUUAUUUUUUAAGAAGAAAAUACCACAAUUGCGAACGGCCGUGCGUACUGUAUCCAAAAAAAAAAAAAAAAUGUUAUCACUGGUUUUCACGCAUGUUUCGUACCGAGCAUUUGUUUGUCGCGUUGUCUAAAAGCAACGCGAACCUGCUCUCGUUACAUAAUUAUUAACAUUAACAUUUAAUAUCGAUAACAUAAAUAACGAUUAUUCUAAAUAACAUCCAACAAUGAUAAUGAUAACACGAUAAGAACGCAAAGUAUCAAUGAGAAGAGGAACGAAACUGUGAAACGCCUGUAUUGUGUUUUUCGUGAAGAGAUAUCUGAAAUUCACGCAAUUAGCCAUUCUUCGUCGUUCUUUCUGUAUUGUGCAUAUCGUGGUUGCGUACCAACGUUCAGGAACGUGCACGAAGAAAUUGUAUUUAUUGAUUAUAAAGAUAAGUCGAUCGAAUGUAACUUUAGAAUUGUAUUCGACUGUCAAAUGCCUUUUCAAAGCGUUUGUUCAACGAAAGAAAAGAUAAAAAAAAAAAAACAUAACAAAAGGCGUGUUAGCAAUAAAUGUUCCGAAGCUUUCUCGGCGCGAUAAAAUACACGUUACGCUCGUCGUUCGUCGAACAAUAUUGCAAGGAAUAUUUUUUAUUCUUAUUACGAUAAGUGGAGAGAUCGACGAGCCUAUUUUAUCACGCCGAUUAUAUGUAUUUUCGUAUUGUCCCGUAGCCGAGAGCAAUCGUAACUUUAACUUAGAAAUGUACCUAUUAAAUCUCUGAAACGAGAUUCUAUCGAGCAUUUCUUCCUUCAGACAAGUUUCUCUCCGUUUUCAUAUCCCUUCGAAUCUUUCACUGGUUCGUUAUUAGUUGUUAUUUUUCUCUUAAGUAUUCUCUUGGCUGUGUGGUACAAGCGACGUUUAUUGCUAAUUGUUUUCGAAUAAUGUGUGUAUCUGUAACACAAUUGUUCAUCGUUCGGCGACACGGAAAGAAAGUGAAAGAAUGAAUUAUUAAAAUAAAAUAGAAGUGGCGAAACACGGAACGUUUGUUAGUCGCCGAAUCUUCUGUCGAAGAUCGAAACGGAUUUGCUUGAUAAAGUUGUUAUAGAAAAAUUUAGUUGUACUCCUAAGAAAGAAGGGAACGAAAACGAUACGUUUGCAAGUGAAAGCAGUUUCCGUUUCUUUGUUCGAGAAGCGAAAAAAAGUAAAAUAGAAAUGCACACGAAUUCGAUCGAGAUGAAAGAUGAAGGGUUUUUUCUUUUUUUUUUUUUUCUCUCUCUCUCUCUUAAGGGACGAACGGGAGUUAACCGAAGGAAUCGUGUCCGCGAUGUAAAUAAAUUUAUUCUUAAGGACUUAAACUGAAACGACGAUUCGUGGAGAGUGUAUACUUAUUAUUAUCGUUUGCAAGUCGUGCAUUUGUAUUUCACGCGCAUGCCAUCGUGCUGCGGAUCGUGGAUACACGCUCGAUCUCGGAAGUCCUCAGCCGUGAUUAACCAUCGUUUAAAAAUUUGUUUUCUUGAUGAAUGAAAGGUGAAUUUUUUUAAGUACGUUCACUCGAAGAGCGAAACGACUAAUUCUGGGUAUAUUCAGUUCGGAACUGUACAUUUUUUAAAUACAAAUUUUUUAUUUCUUGGAAGUAUUAGAUCUCGCCUUACGAUUAAAAAGGUGCCAAUAAUUCUUCCAAUUACGAGUGCAAUCGUUAAUUUUGCGAAGAAAAGAAAUUAAUCUUGAAUAUGGGUAUUUUAGUUUUUAAAAAAAAGUUUAAUGAAAUACAAAACCUUUUUACUUUAAACUUUCGUGACUGACGACUUUUGGGAUUUGAGAUAAGCUUGCCUAGUUUCGGGCAGCGUUUAAAAAAAGUUAUCCUCAAUAAAGAGAGAAGCAAAAGAAUGAUUAAAACGAAUUUUCAGGUGUUUCCCGUUUUCUUGAUCCCUUUCGUUUUCGGUUCCUUCGAUUUUGUUUCUUGUUCAUUUUUAAGUGCAGGCGCUUUUUCGAAAUUCAAAUUUGCGCAUGUGCUGUGUUAUGAGGUUAUAAACGCAGUAGACCACUACAUGGUAGUUAUCUCUUUGGGUACAUUUUAGAGUGAAUGUUACGAAGAAACCGGCUUGUUGACCAAAUUUGGCUACGUAACAUUUAUCUCUGAUCAAAUAAGUAAAUAAUUAAAUACUAUUUAUGAUAAUUUUUGGAAAUCAUUUCAAUAUCGAAGUCAACAAUUUUAAUCGUACUUUACGUUUGACCACGUUUGACACUUUCGUCCGAAUAUAAGAAAUGAAUUACACUAAAGGUAUCCGUUCUAUUCUGUCUUGCUUAAGUGAAUGCAAUUUUGAACCAUUCAAGAGGAAUAUACUAAUGAAAAAUGUAUACAGAAGUAACCAUUAUUCGUGUAAAGUGUUAGUAGUUGGAGGUGGAACUGGAGGUUGUAGUAUGGCUGCAAAAUUUGCAAACACAUUCAAAGAUCCCAAAAAAGUGAUCAUAGUGGAGCCAAGUCCGGUACACUUUUAUCAACCAAUGUUCACUUUGAUUGGUGGUGGUUUGAGAUCUUAUGAAGCUUCAAAAAAAGCAAUGAAAGAUACUUUACCAAAAGAUGCUACCUGGCUGAAAGAAAGUGUAAUGAGCUUUGCACCUGAACAGAAUCAAAUAACUAUGAGCAAUGGAGAUACUGUGCAGUAUGAAAUCAUGAUUGUUGCAGUGGGUUUGCAAUUACAUUGGGAAAAAAUACCAGGUUUAGUAAAGAGUCUUCAGGAUGGUUUGUCAAAAGUGUGUUCCAUUUACGGACCAGAGACUGUACCACAUGUAUUCAGCAAGAUUUCAAGGGUUACCGAUGGUACCGCGAUAUUCACCUAUCCAAACAGUCCAGUUAAAUGUCCAGGAGCACCCCAGAAAAUUUUAUAUAUCGCCGAGGAAUUUUUGCGCAAGAAGAAAAAAGUCCGUAACAACGUAAAAGUUGUGUAUAACACAGCUUUACCAGUAAUAUUUGGUGUCAAGAAGUAUGCUGAUUCACUUUGGGGUGUUUGUAAAAAAAGGGACAUUAUUGUAAAUCUUCAAACAAAUCUGAUUGAAAUAGAUUCAGCUAAACAGGAAGCUGUGUUCGAGAAAUUAGAUGGCUCGAACGAAACAUUCGUCCAGAAGUUUUCAUUACUUCAUGUGUGCCCUCCAAUGGGUCCACCUGACGUUUUGAUAAGACAUUCUUCGUUAACGAACGAAACAGGAUUUUUGACUGUAGAUCCUAAAACUCUACGACAUACGAAAUAUCCAAAUAUAUAUGGAAUUGGAGAUUGCACCAGCACCCCAAAUUCCAAAACUAUGGCAGCAAUAGCUGCCCAGGGCAAAGUAUUGUAUAAAAAUAUUAUGGAUGAUCUGGCCGGUAAACCAACGAUUAUGGCUUACAAUGGUUACUCUUCUUGUCCCUUAGUUACUGGUUACGGAAAAUGUAUUUUAGCCGAAUUCGAUUAUAAUUUACAACCAUUAGAAACGUUCCCAGUAGAUCAGGGUCGUGAAUAUUACUUUACGUACCUACUUAAAGCGUAUGGUUUUCCUAUUUUAUAUUGGAAUUUAAUGACACGUGGCUAUUGGGAUGGACCUGAAUUUUUACGCCAAUAUUCAAACAUGAUAAAAAAGAAAAAAGAUCCAGAAGCAAUUAAAAGUUAAAGUUAUUUAUAAUUACUUAGUAUUAUUUACAUAAUAAUAAAUGUAUCCUAAGUGUAUUAUUUAUUCAACGAUAGAACAUAUCUUG